UCAUCUUCAGGAAACUGUUGCUUGGUGGAGGCCCUUCUCUCUCUCUCUCUCUCUCUGAUGCAAAUUUCAACAGUAUAGUCGAUUCUACCAUUGCACUUUCCUAACCCACGGAAGGGUAGAGUAGAUGUGGUAUGUAUAUCAGUACAGUACUCGCCUUCCUCAGAGAUCCUAAAUUCGUAGACGAGGGUGAACUUUUACCGACUGAGGUGACUCUUGGAUCACACCACCACCACGUUGUAGAGAUCAGAUACAGGGACCUCAUGGAAUUGCUGUCUGCUCUCUAGACACCUCAGGUCUCAGAACGACCUGUCUCAGCCCUGCUACCCUCCUUGGUACCGGACAGAGAACCAGCUGGACCAGACCCUGUCUCAGCCCUGCUACCCUCCUUGGUACCGGACAGAGAACCAGCUGGACCAGACCCUGUCUCAGUCCUGCUACCCUCCUUGGUACCGGACAGAGAACCAGCUGGACCAGACCCUGUCUCAGUCCUGCUACCCUCCUUGGUACCGGACAGAGAACCAGCUGGACCAGACCCUGUCUCAGCCCUGCUACCCUCCUUGGUACCGGACAGAGAACCAGCUGGACCAGACCCUGUCUCAGCCCUGCUACCCUCCUUGGUACCUGACAGAGAAACCGUUUCAGGACCUGCCUCAAGGACCGGGUCAGGAUGGACCAGAGCCUGCCGGCGGUGCUGUCCCACCAGGACCAGGGGACAGAGGGGAGUCUGGGGACAGGGUGCAGGCACAGAGAGAUGGCCCUGAAGUGGUUCGAGGAGACUCAAGCUUCUCUCAUCCUCCAUGAAGGAAAUUUCCCCUCCUGGUUCCAAGGAUUCAUCACCAGAAGAGAUGCUGAGGAGAUGCUGAGAGACAAGGAACUGGGCUGUUUCCUGAUCCGACUGAGUGACAAAGCCACGGGAUACAUCCUGUCAUACAGAGGACGUGAUCGAUGCAGACACUUUGUAAUCAACCAGAGUAAGGCAGGCCAGUUCAUAGUGUCUGGAGACACAGAGGAGCAUGAGACCCUGGGAGAACUGAUUGAACACUACAAGAUCAGCCCUAUAGAGCCCUUCAGAGAGUACCUGACCUGCUCCUGUCUAGAGUCUUCCAGAGGAGAAGUCUAUGACAUCAUCAAAGUUGACCUCAGAGAGAAGCCGGUGGUCAGUGUGAGAGCUGUGAGGAGCCUGUGGGAUUCACAGAGUGACCGGCAGGGUGACUGGACCAGGGCUAGUUCUAGUGACAACGCCGGCGAGCAUCCUCCUCUUCCUCUUCCUCCCACACUGCCUCCCAAAAGCAGCAGGAAACCAGAGGAAGUGCCAACUGUACCUAGAGUACCACCUGUGCCUAGAAGGGCCGGUCCUUUGAAGUGCAGUUCACUGGAUGACCAACAGGGUAGCGAUCAGAGAAGGGUGUUGUAUGCUCAGCUGGAGAAGGACAAGGCCAUGAAUCCCCAACCCAGGAGCCUGGAGGGUCUACCCAAAGCUCCAGAAGGAAGGGUUGAAGGCCUGGGUCCUGUAGCCCAACAUCAGACUCCUUCUCAGAGGGGGGACAUCCCCAGUGGUAGACCUGGAGCCCCAGGCCCUGCCUCAGCCCCUGGACCAGGCCCAGGCACAGUCUACUCAGAGCUACUCAGCCUGCUGGACUGCAAGAGCAAGUCUCUGCCUCUCCUGGACCUGGAUCUUGACUCAGAGGAGGGGGACAAUAACUCCUACAGGCUGAGUCCACCUUCUUUCACCCCCCCAAGACUCUCUCCCAACCCCACCAAACGGACCACUAGCCCCUCCCUUCUGGACCAGAGCUACCCAUCCGGACCUUCCCUUCUGGACCAGAGGUACCCAUCCGGACCUUCCCUUCUGGACCAGAGGUACCACAAGGAUACUUCCAAGAGACCUCCCAUAAUCAGCCACAGUCUGGAACAUCUAUGUAACAGCCCCAUACCUGCCCUCGUGUAUCAACUGGCAGGAAGACCCAGGGACCAGGAAGGACCCAUGACAUCAUCACCACAGGAAGAGGAAGAGGUAGCUAACAGUCUGUACGCCGAGGUCCCUUGUGAGCCGGUCCUCCGGCUCCUACUGGACGACACCUACGAACACAUACCAGAGUUAGGACUGAAAGGAUCAGCCAGACCUUAUGAACAGAUACCAGAGUUAGGACUGAAAGGAUCAGCCAGACCUUAUGAACACAUACCAGAGUUAGGACUGAAAGGAUCAGCCAGACCUUAUGAACACAUACCAGAGUUAGGACUGAAAGGAUCAGCCAGACCUUAUGAACACAUACCAGAGUUAGGACUGAAAGGAUCAGCCAGACCUUAUGAACACAUACCAGAGUUAGGACUGAAAGGAUCAGCCAGACCUUAUGAACACAUACCAGAGUUAGGACUGAAAGGAUCAGCCAGACCUUAUGAACACAUACCAGAGUUAGGACUGAAAGGAUCAGCCAGACCUUAUGAACACAUACCAGAGUUAGGACUGAAAGGAUCAGCCAGACCUUAUGAACACAUACCAGAGUUAGGACUGAAAGGAUCAGCCAGACCUUAUGAACACAUACCAGAGUUAGGACUGAAAGGAUCAGCCAGACCUUAUGAACACAUACCAGAGUUAGGACUGAAAGGAUCAGCCAGACCUUAUGAACACAUACCAGAGUUAGGACUGAAAGGAUCAGCCAGACCUUAUGAACACAUACCAGAGUUAGGACUGAAAGGAUCAGCCAGACCUUAUGAACACAUACCAGAGUUAGGACUGAAAGGAUCAGCCAGACCUUAUGAACACAUACCAGAGUUAGGACUGAAAGGAUCAGCCAGACCUUAUGAACACAUACCAGAGUUAGGACUGAAAGGAUCAGCCAGACCUUAUGAACACAUACCAGAGUUAGGACUGAAAGGAUCAGCCAGACCUUAUGAACAGAUACCAGAGUUAGGACUGAAAGGAUCAGCCAGACCUUAUGAACACAUACCAGAGUUAGGACUGAAAGGAUCAGCCAGACCUUAUGAACACAUACCAGAGUUAGGACUGAAAGGAUCAGCCAGACCUUAUGAACAGAUACCAGAGUUAGGACUGAAAGGAUCAGCCAGACCUUAUGAACAGAUACCAGAGUUAGGACUGAAAGGAUCAGCCAGCCCUGCUAACAACCAUACCUACGAAUCAGUGGAGGAGCUGAAGUCCAAACACAUCACCUCUUCUUGGGGUAUAAAGAAAUGGAGAUGGCUGUUCCCUGAGAGACAGAAGAAAUAAUAGAAAAGCAACCCAUCAACCCAACACCACUGGACACCACAGUGAACUAUCCCAUCAACCCAACACCACUGGACACCACAGUGAACUAUCCCAUCAACCCAACACCACUGGACACCACAGUGAACUAUCCCAUCAACCCAACACCACUGGACAGUGAACUAUCCCAUCAUCCCAACACCACUGGACACCACAGUGAACUAUCCCAUCAACCCAACACUACUGGACAGUGAACUAUCCCAUCAACCCAACACCACUGGACACCACAGUGAACUAUCCCAUCAACCCAACACCACUGGACACCACAGUGAACUAUCCCAUCAACCCAACACCACUGGACACCACAGUGAACUAUCCCAUCAACCCAACACCACUGGAACCACAGUGAACUAUCCCAUCAACCCAACACCACUGGACCACAGUGAACUAUCCCAUCAACCCAACACCACUGGACACCACAGUGAACUAUCCCAUCAACCCAACACCACUGGACACCACAGUGAACUAUCCCAUCAACCCAACACUACUGGACAGUGAACUAUCCCAUCAACCCAACACCACUGGACAGUGAACUAUCCCAUCAACCCAACACCACUGGACACCACAGUGAACUAUCCCAUCAACCCAACACCACUGGACACCACAGUGAACUAUCCCAUCAACCCAACACCACUGGACACCACAGUGAACUAUCUCAUCAACCCAACACCACUGGACACCACAGUGAACUAUCCCAUCAACCCAACACCACUGGACACCACAGUGAACUAUCCCAUCAACCCAACACCACUGGACAGUGAACUAUCCCAUCAACCCAACACCACUGGACACCACAGUGAACUAUCUCAUCAACCCAACACCACUGGACACCACAGUGAACUAUCCCAUCAACCCAACACUACUGGAACCACAGUGAACUAUCCCAUCAACCCAACACCACUGGACACAGUGAACUAUCCCAUCAACCCAACACCACUGGACAGUGAACUAUCCCAUCAACCCAACACCACUGGACAGUGAACUAUCCCAUCAACCCAACACCACUGGACAGUGAACUAUCCCAUCAACCCAACACCACUGGACAGUGAACUAUCCCAUCAACCCAACACCACUGGACACCACAGUGAACUAUCCCAUCAACCCAACACCACUGGACACCACAGUGAACUAUCCCAUCAACCCAACACCACUGGACACCACAGUGAACUAUCCCAUCAACCCAACACUACUGGACAGUGAACUAUCCCAUCAACCCAACACCACUGGACAGUGAACUAUCCCAUCAACCCAACACCACUGGACAGUGAACUAUCCCAUCAACCCAACACCACUGGAACCACAGUGAACUAUCCCAUCAACCCAACACCACUGGAACCACAGUGAACUAUCCCAUCAACCCAACACCACUGGACACCACAGUGAACUAUCCCAUCAACCCAACACCACUGGAACCACAGUGAACUAUCUCAUCAACCCAACACUACUGGACAGUGAACGAUCCCAUCAACCCAACACCACUGGACAGUGAACUAUCCCAUCAACCCAACACUACUGGACACCACAGUGAACUAUCUCAUCAACCCAACACCACUGGACAGUGAACUAUCCCAUCAUCCCAACACCACUGGACACCACAGUGAACUAUCCCAUCAGCCCAACACCACUGGACACCACAGUGAACUAUCCCAUCAACCCAACACCACUGGACACCACAGUGAACUAUCCCAUCAACCCAACACCACUGGACACCACAGUGAACUAUCCCAUCAGCCCAACACUACUGGACACCACAGUGAACUAUCCCAUCAACCCAACACUACUGGACACCACAGUGAACUAUCCCAUCAACCCAACACCACUGGACAGUGAACUAUCCCAUCAACCCAACACCACUGGACACCACAGUGAACUAUCCCAUCAGCCCAACACCACUGGACACCACAGUGAACUAUCCCAUCAACCCAACACUACUGGACAGUGAACUAUCCCAUCAACCCAACACCACUGGACAGUGAACUAUCCCAUCAACCCAACACCACUGGACAGUGAACUAUCCCAUCAACCCAACACCACUGGACAGUGAACUAUCCCAUCAACCCAACACCACUGGACACUAUACACAUUAUUGUAUUUCUGAAUACUUUUGCAGGGUGUCAUUCAAACUGAACUUUGAGCCAUUUAUGCGCUGUCUCACAAUCAAUCAAAGUGCUGGGCACUACGCAGGUUGAAAACAUCAAAGUUAUUUUUAUGUUAUUUAUUUAAAAAUAUGUAUUUUCUCUACUCUAUCUUUUGCACGAAUGUGGCUGGGUCUUUUUAUAAACUACAAAGUAAUGAAUAAUAA